GCGUGUUCCUCCUCCUCCUCGGGUUCCUGUCAGGACGCAGCGGAGAAACCAGACGGCUGGCCCCGCGCGGCGCCGCCGACCGACCGGCCAACCGAGCGAUCUGCAGAAAACUGUUUGCCAGAUGGGUCUGCGCCGUGCUGCUGUUUUGUCGCAUCUCCCAAAGUGAGACUCGCUCUGCUAAACGUGCGUCCCCCCCUCCGGUUCACAAACUUGGACUGCUGCCUCUGUUCGUGGCGAGGGAGACCGGCUCUGGGAAGCUCUGUCAUUCCGGUCCAGCGAGAUGUGAUGGAGGACGCUGGUGUGACACCGCAGCGACACUGCUCUAAAAGUCAGAAGCUGUAACCCAACCAGAGGUAAAAAAAACAACUUUUCACAGCUGAUGAAGAUUUGCUCUGCUUCUCCACGAGGAACUGAAAGGGACAUCACUGGACGAUACACGCCACUGGGAUUUCUCUCCACUGCUGUCUUGAGAUUUUGCACCUGGGCUGAUCUGAACUCUCCAGAAUCCAAAUUUCAGUUUUUAGGGAUGCCCGUGCGAGCGUGAUACUCGUCUUUUUCUCAUCGCAGGCGUUUUGCUGACGCAUAUUAGGAGCGAAAUUGGAUUGUAAACAAUGGGAAGUCGUCGCUGAGGAUUUAUCCGUUGCUCUCCGCGGCUCUAUGGAGACGAGUAGCCCGAGGACGACGGGUGGACCCCGGGAGGCGCCGGUGAACUCCUCUCCGGCGGUGGCGGCCAACGCGGAGGGAGAGGAGAUCGAGGUUUUGGAGAGCACCGACGUCCUUCCCGUGGCCCCGGAGGACCAAUGGAAGUCUCUGUUUGACAAGUAUGACCCAGAGAGUUCGGGCUUCAUCAGUACGGAGCGGUUCAGGGACUUGCUGGCGACUCACGGCUCCGAGCUCGACCCACACAAGCUCGAGGUCCUGCUGGCCCUCGCCGACGGCAACGCAGAUGGAAAGAUCUGCUACCAGGACUUUGUCAAUCUGAUGAGUAACAAGCGCUCCAACAGUUUCCGGAGGGCCAUUCUCCAGGGGGGCAGACAGCUGAAAGGCUGUGCCCUGAGGGAGGAGGUGGGCUUGGGGCUGUCUCAAAGGCUCGUCCGCCACGUCGCCUACGAGACGCUGCCCCGUGAGGUCGACCGCAAGUGGUACUUUGACAGCUACACCUACUGCCCCCCGCCCUGGCUCAUACUGGCGAUCACUAUUGCUGAGGUAGCGGUGUUCAUGUACUAUGGGUUCCAGCUGGACCGCUGGGUGCUCCAGGUGUCCAGUCCGGCCUUCCUAAAGGGCCCCCUGCCUUACCACCCUCAGCUGCGGGCGCAGGCCUGGAGAUACCUCAGCUACGUUUUCAUGCACGCCGGGAUUGAACACCUGAGUCUGAACAUGGCCAUGCAGCUGCUGGUGGGAGUUCCUCUAGAAAUGGUCCACGGAGCCCUGAGGAUCGGACUGGUCUACGUGUGUGGUGUAUUGGCAGGGUCUCUGGCCGUGUCCGUCACUGACAUGACGGCUCCAGUGGUGGGGUCGUCUGGAGGGGUGUAUGCCCUGGUCUCAGCACACCUGGCUAAUGUUGUAAUGAAUUGGUCGGGAAUGAAGUGUCAGUUUAAGUUAUUCCGGAUGGCCAUGGCUCUUGUUUGCAUGAGUGUAGAGUUUGGCCGGGCAGUGUGGCUGCGUUUCUACCCUCCAGCCUUCCCGCCAUGCCCCAACCCCAGCUUUGUAGCCCACCUGGGUGGGGUGGCGGUGGGGCUGACUCUGGGUGUGGUAGUCCUGCAGAACUAUGAGCAGCGGCUCCAGGAGCAGUCCCUCUUUUGGAUCUUCUUCUGUGUCUACACCCUGUUUGUGCUCUGUGCCGUCUUCUGGAACAUAUUUGCCUACAGCCUGCUUGACGUACGACUGCCCCCGCCACCAUGACCUCCUCACUGGACACAGAUGAAACUCUGUAUUCCCCUUUUUUUCUCCAUCCAUAAAUGUCUGACCACCUGGCUAGAUGAGUCACCUCACCCCUGAUUGUCUGAGCCACAUCAAGGCAUCAUGAGAAUCAUCUGACAAGUACGCCCAGAGCUCUGAGGCAGGGGUGCCUGACAUGCAGUAGCCUUCUCUGUCCACCUCUGGAUAUCCGCUCCCAUUUGCCUCCUGAGCUUCUGUUUUGGUUAACCAUAAGCCUUACCAUCAUUCCCCCCUCCCAUACUACAUGAACUUACCCCACCUGCUCUGUGUCUUCAUCUCUGCCUGGUGUUUGUCUGCAGUGUGUCAGCCAGUGGAAUUUUUGUUGACGGCGGUGUCGACAAAUGAGAAGCCUCGGAUCUAACAGAACAGGAGCAGGAGCAAGCGGGAACGGUCCUGUGCACACGGCUGAGCCCGCUCUGCCUCCUCCUCCCCAACCCAACAGUGCCUACUUAUGGAGAAGUCAGCCUCAUGAGAGUGUGUCUGCACAACUGGCUCUCCUGUAGGGUUGCAGCAGUAAAACCCCUGUAUUGUGAGCAGUGUUCAGGCAGAAGGUUAUUGAAAGUCCUGUGAUAUACACAGUUUGUGGCUUUAUCUUUAGCAAAUCAAGGAUAAAGUCAUAUGAGGAUUCAGGGUCACUUUAUGUUUUGUCUUCACUGCAAGCACCUCACGACAGGAUUCAGAAUAAGCAGACAUACAGUAAGAAUGCUAACCUUGUGAUGCUCCAACUGCAGGUCUCGCAAAAUGGAGAAAAAUUCAAAUGUCAUCAUGCACCAGUUUACGCAGUUAUGCAGUGGUUUUGGAAGGGAGAUGUGGGUUACUGUUCACUGUUGCUUACGGCAUGUGGCGCUUCCUCAGUGAAAGAUUAAACUGUGCUCAGCACCGCUUGAAACUCAAGUUUGCGUGUGCUUGACUUGAGAGGUGCAACACACCGUUGUGUGGACAGAUCAAAGAGAAUAAAAAGUGCCAUCUAGUCUUUCAACUUACAGAAACGUUGCCAAGAAGUUGCAAUAAGCAUCAGCACUGGAGAAGAGCAAACACCUUGACUGUAAGUAUUGCUGAAGUGAGACAGACAGUUACUGUAUUUGUCUGUGGUUGAAAUUAAAACCAGGAUUGUCAGAGAGGAAUUACAAAUUGAGAAUCUCACAGUGACAACCUAAAUGUGCAGUCAGAUUUUGUCAUGUUGUUGGCCAUUUCUUGCACUUGCACAGAUUUUUUGAGUGGCUGAAAAUUGCAAACAAGGUGGAAAAUUGAGAAAAGGGGUGUUUAGAUUGAUUGAACUUUCACCAAGGGGGGGCAGCUGGGCCAUUCUGAAUAACAAAUGUAGUCUUUUGGUCAUUACCAGACAUAGAAGAGCACACAUGCCAGACCUCGGCUACAUUAGGGCUGGGGUCAGUUCACAUUCAAUUCACUGAGGAAAAUUGAUUUUCUUAAAAAAAAAAAAAAAAAAAAGAAAUCAAACAAUUGGAAACCCCCAGAAAUCUUUAAUCUUUAAUCAGGAUGAAAAUGGGGUGAAUCAAUGCUAUCUCAUUAUUUCCAGUCCCAAUUUACAUUGUCAAUUGACUGAAUUGAUAGAACUAAUCCCAACCCUACACUGUUAGUCCAAACUGUACUGUACUUUAACCUCAUGUUACACUGGUAACUGCUUCGCACAAACAUUAUGAUAAUGUAAUGAACUACAGAUGAAUAUUUUAACAUACAGUUGCUCUUGAUAUUUUAACAGUUGCUAUUGAUUUGUUUUUGUUUUUAUGUGAUACUGGUAUGUUCUGUAAAGUGUUCAGUCAGUCUGCAUUGUGAUCUGUUAGCUAUAUCUUGUGUGUAUCCUAUUUAAAAAAAAAAAAACAAUGGGUGAGGACGUUCUGGGAUUGUAUAUAAUAAGGGCUAUGACACAAACUGAGUGAAGAGUAAGUCACUGAUAAUAUUUUAACAUUGUGCAUAUUUUGUAGAUUUGAUAUGUACAUACUGGAGUACAUUAAACU